AUGAAAAGCAAACAAGAAAAGAGAAGUAGUUCCGAUGAACUUUCUCAAAAAACUGAAUACCAAAAAUAUUUAGCGGAAUUAGAAGACCCUAAUUAUCAAGGAGGUUCUUGGGCUUUGCCGGAAAAUGCUACUCCUUUGGAACAAGCCAAGCAUGAUAUUUGUAAGAAAGUAGUAAGUUAUAAGUUAGACACUAAAAUUAGUACCGAGGAAUUAGCCCAAAAAUCCAAAGUAAAAAUGAUUGUGGAAAGCAAGACAAUAAAGGUAUCCAUGCCCGAACUAUUUAGGUUAAUUGACGAAAAUUUUUCAGAAAAAGCUAACGAAACACAGUGA